ACACGCGUUGCAAUACGGAAGCACACGAUGAGCCAUCGUAAUUUCCUGCGUUAGAUACAUAAAGACAAACGAGCCGACGCGCCACUUGAAUACAAAAUUAUCUUCGAGAAUCGUAAUCGCGAGUUUCUACCUAAAGCUUGGUAAUUCCCUCUUGCAAAAAAAAGAAGGUAAAAUGACGUAGUCCAGUGAAUGUGCUGUACCAGGUCUCCGCAUAUUCCGAUGGUUACGUGGUAAACACACGGCAACGUGGCAUACAGGUGAUUAAUUCCGCUUGUCGGAACGCAGGCUUCUCCAUAAAUAAUAUCGCCAUUUAUUCCGUGCCGCCUUUAUGAGGACUGAUUUUCUUAUGGUAAUGUCGCGACAUAACGUGUAUAAUCAAUCCCAAUGUCACAGACGCUGAAGAAAAGAGAACAGACAAUUAGAAAGAACUUUAUUCGAUUGCGCGUUUUCCGCGCUUCAUUUUCCGGCAUGAACGAUCCUCUGCUCAUCGCUUCGCGAUUCUUGCAACAUCGUUCAGCGGACUUGCUUUGUAAUCGUCUUAUCGCCGCGCCGUUCCGAAAGACAAGGACAAACGUCAUUGGCCGCAACAUUGGGGUCUCUUAGCGGGCACGUAAGAGAUGAAUCGCGCAUAGAUACGCGCGGGAAGCCACACGGCCGGUUAUUAUCGUAGAUAUGGCUCAAAGGUAAUUAAUACUAUUGUUAUGAUUCAGACAGCGGUACGUCAUGACCGUACUUUGGCUAAGCGAUCCUUCAGUCUUCGGUCGGAGCUCCGAUGUACAGGUGCACGGCCGCUCCGCGUUUACCGGUUGGUACGCACACACGACACACAUGUAUCCGCCGUUGCCGCACGUUUCCCCGAAGCUUCAAGUGUAUCAUUCUGAGAGAUAACGUCGUGUCGCUUGAUUGACGACGCGAUAGUCCAACAUAACGCUUUAGACUCUGCGAUUCCACGACAAUAAUAAGUCGCUGCUGAAUACGAAAUGAGUAAUUUAUAAUUCAAAUGAUUAUGCGAUCGCAUAUGGAACUUCAUACGAACAGUAGGAGUGAAUUGCGUGCGGUAAUAUACCUUAACGUACCUGCGUGCCCUCGAGUAUCCGAUCGAAUCGCUUAAUGUCUCGUCGAAAGUAACACGAGCGAUGUGCCAAAUGCGUAAACACUUCAACACAUAGCCAUAUUUCCUGUUGUCAUAACUCUAUCGAUCAAUGAAAAGAAGUGACGUCCAAGAGAUGAGCGCUUUAGUUGACUGUGUCCAGGAUGAGAAAAUGCCCAGCGUCAUGAGUCACACGAGAUUAAAUGCGAGUAGCAGUACGCUCAGUGAUAUGGGAGAAGACGUGAGAGGUAAUAAAUUCAAUAAGUCAACUCAAAGCGAUAUCUCGCAGUCGGCGUGGAGGAUUCCUUGCGGUGGACAAAGAUCUCGGCCAAUGUCCAUGGCGUAUCUGCCAACGAAGCAGAUUCCGACGAGCGAAUCUAGCUUUUCCUCGCACAGUUCCAGAAGUGGCACGCUGUACCCUGUUCAGAGCGAGCUGGUCUUAUCACCUAGAAACAGGCACAACAACAACAGAUACGUGUCUCUGGACAUGAGGCCUAUCAACAAUCUUUCAUAUCCUAGUCCGCACUCCAACAGCUACAUUUUAGGCAACAGUACACCGUACACAUGUUGCUGUACGUGUGCGGGUUCGAAGAUCCCGCCGCCGCCGUCGCCGCUGGCACCGUUUUCACAAACUGAAACUGACGAUCAGAACGGGCAUGAAAGUCUCUCGUGGAGAAGGCUUCAUAUGAGCAGGGCGAAGCUGAAAGCAACUGCAACUACAUCAGAGCUUCUUAGUGGAUUUGCAAUGGUAGCAAUGGUAGAACUGCAAAUAAACGAACCAACAGCGGUACCGGAAUGGCUAUUUGUAAUGUUCGCAGUUUGUACUACUUUCUUAGUGUCGGUGCACAUCUUUGCAUUGAUGAUCAGCACAUAUCUCUUACCCAAUAUCGAAGCCAUAAGCAAGCUUCAAGUCUCGCGACUCGUAACGGAAUCGCCCCACGAAAGAAUGCGCGGUUUCAUCGAAUUGGCUUGGGCAUUUUCUACGAUACUCGGACUGUUUCUCUUUCUAGUAGAGGUGGCUAUUCUCUGCUGGGUCAAGUUCUGGGACUAUUCCUUUACCGCUGCCACUGCCAGCACCGUGAUAGUCAUUCCCGUGCUCAUAGUAUUCGUCGCUUUCGCUGUUCACUUUUAUCAUUCUUUAGUAGUAUACAAGUGUGAAAGUGUAGUGUCGGAUAUGAAAGAUCUGGAGAGUAUAAAAAGGAACUUGGAUAAUGUGACAAUAGGACAUACUAAUGUAUAAACUUAAGAUGAUAAUAUAACCUGUAAUAUAUAUGCAAACGUGAUUAUUCUAAAGUCUAAAAGGAAAUGCAUUGAAAUUAGGCUAACGAAUAAGAAUUAUUUAACUUAUAAUUUCUAUAUGAAUUUAAAUUAAUUUGUGACAGGUAGGAAUACUCGGAUUUUAAACAGAUGUUAUUCUUCAAUUUAAAACAUCUUUAAUGAGAGUGACAUAAGAAAAGAACACUAUUGUGUGGAUUUGUUAUCAAUAACUUUACUUUUCAAACGCGACCAUAUGAAAAUGGUCAGGUUUUAUUAUAUAUAAAAAUGUACAUAGCUGUACACAUGCAAGUCGAGAAUUGCAACAGUACAAGCAAGUGCUCUUUAGUAUAUUACCUAUAUAAUAUCCAGCAUUUAAUAAUAUCUGUGUGUAUACGGUUUAA